GCUUAUGUCUCCUCUUCUCUCGGUAGAAGCUAAAGGAGAAGAUCAUAUUCUGCUUUCAAACAUGGAUUAUGUCUCAUCAGUGCUUUCGUUUGAUCAAAACACCGAUGACCUCUUCGAAUCUUUUUCUUUUCCCAGCUUUGAACCUGAUGAACUCUUCCUGGCCUUGCCCCAGGAUACUGAUUUUCUGAGCAAGAAAACCAACAAUUGCACAGGCUGCGUCGAAAACGGAAGCAACACCGGUCGGCGUAAAGCACCGAAGACUCCCUCCAGUUCUGGUGCCAAUAAGGGUGUAAACCCUCCUGACAAUAAGAAGAAGAAGAUCAAACACAGAGAGAUAGAGAGGCAAAGGAGGCAGGAAAUGGCCACCCUGUAUGGGGCUGUGAAAUCAUUGCUUCCUCCUGACUAUCUCAAGGGCAAGAGAUCGGUAUCUGAUCAUAUGAAUCAGACUGUGAGAUAUAUUAAUGAUUUGCAGCGCAGGAUUGGGGAGUUAAAUGAAAAGAGGAAUGAGCUUAAAAGAUUGUCCAGUUCUUGCAGUUCAAGUUUUGUUCCACAAUGUUUACAAGGCUGUCCUGAUCAGGACACUACUGUAACUGUUAGACCUUGUCUGGGCGGCGGAGGGGUGGAGGUUGUCAUAAGCACUGCCUUGUCUCAGGGGCUUCCUCUUUCCAGUGUGAUUCACGUUCUGAUUGCAGAAGGCCUGAGUAUAGCCAACUGCAUUUCAACCAGGGUGGAUGAGAGGUUGAUGCAUACUGUUGUGUCUGAGGUGAGUGUUGGAAGAGUCGUUGAUCCAUCUACCCUGCAAAAGAAAUUGGAAGAAUUGGCUUUUCACUCAUCAAGACUAGAUUUUGUCUUUGAUCUGCUAUUUGAUUGAUUUCUUUGUGGGGAUUUUUCAUGUUUUAAUAAAAAGUAAUUAUAUGCAAGUUUCGUGCCUAAAAAUGUUGCUUCUGUGUUAAUGUUGGGUCUGGAAAUGGUUUCAUAACUAUCCCACCUUCAUUCUCCAGGUUAACUUGUAUCUAUAAAGUUGAUGAUGUUGAUUUGUGGCUGCCAUAUACAUACGUCUUCAUCUUUCUCUCCUGCUAGUGUUCAUCUCAUUUUGUAUUGUAUAGCUGCAGCCUGCAAGUUUGUCUCUUCACUACCUAUAUUAAUUUACACCGGAUGUUUACUCCAGUGUUUCAACCGAGAUUCAUAACAUACAAACUCUAAAUGAAAGUAUAAAAGUUUUUUUUAUUU